AUGUUCCCUUGUGCCAGCUUUCUAGCUCUGGAUUAUGUCUUUGAGAACAGAAACAGUUUGACGGUGAUGAUGGACUUGUUAGCACUCCCCACGCCUUACAUAUCUUACAAGGAUGACCAUUACCCUCACAAUGGCGCCUUGGUGGAGGAUACCUACAGGAAACCGUGGGUCAAAGAUCUGCUCCUACCAGAAGACAUGGUGGCUGCCAAUUUCCUGCCUAGUUUGAAACUUUUGCCAACCCUGAAGAGCAAAGUGUCCCGGCUGAAGACCCUGUUGGUGGCCGACCCGCUAAUAAGCAUGAGCGGAGACUCCGUCAUUGAGGAAACAAUAUUCAGACACUGCGUGCCUUACGAGAGGUCCAGUGAUGAAGCGCACUUAGAAGAUUUCAUCACCGAGGUGUUUACAAAAGAGUCACUGACACCAAACGAGCCUUUGUUAUUACCCGAGCUUCUGGACAAUCACAUGAUGACCGUCAACUACCCCAGAAGUUUCUCCAGUGUUUGUCAUUGUUUGAAUGUGGUCGCUGAAGAGCCUGAGCAACUCCCCGACCUGGAAGCACUUUUUAAAGAUAAAUCAGCAUCAGUGGACAUUUGCCAUUUUCCUUCAGUGGAAUCAACUGGCAAAGAAGACUGGAUGAAGGAUACCCCUCCAGAGUGGGUAACGCUUCCGACCGAGAUGGAGCUGGAGCUGGAGGUGACUCUGACGCCACCAACUGCUGACACCAGUCAUUGCCAUCCCUGUCUGAGCUCACGUGACCUUCAGAGGGAAGAAUUGUCUCCAGUGGGCAUAUCAUCUUUGGUGCCAGCAGAAUCUCAGAAACAGUUGAGGGCGGUGCUUUGGAAGGCCGAAAAGCAUCCAAACUAUGUACUGAGCUUGCUUUUUGCAGAACCUGAAGUAGAAGAAGCAGCCGUUGACUUUGAGCCUCUGAACGAAGCCUUGAAGUCAACCUCCCUAGAGAGUUUGGCUAUAGAAAUGGAGAUGGGAGAAUUCUUUGGUGAUAUGCGGGAGUCCCCGGAGAGGCUGACCACUGACGUUCCUUCUCGCGAGGACUUCAACAACGUGUUAGUGUCAUCCGUACCUCCUCCUUCUAAGCUGGACGCCAACUUCAGAAGCCAGAAAACGGACAAGAGAGGCGUCGUCACAGCAGCCGGACUUCAUCCGGUGCAGCACACCGACCCGGUGACCGCCUUCAUGAUGCUGAGAUCGCAGCAGGCGUCCACUCCCACUGCAGCACCAGAGGAAGAAGAAGAAAGGCUCUCUGUGGUGCGGCUUACUCCUCGGCAGACACGCAAAGCAGACAGGAAGCGCCCCACCAAUUCUCUAUUUGCAGUUGUAGCGUCAGGACACGCCACUAGAGGGCAGAUGACCGCUGCUGCUCAGGAUGCGCCCCAAAGUAGUGUGAUUCAAGUCCAAGCCACCGGCAGCCAGCGUCAGGCCUACCGAGAACUGCAGUCUCUGGCCGGGCCCCGUCUGUCCUCAGCCACAGAGCUGGGCCUCAAUCUCCCGACCUGGAGGGACUUUGAGGGCCUGGCCUCGGACCAAACGCGCUACGUGCUCAAACAAAGAGAAUUGGCGACGCGCAGGGCAACCCCAGCGGCGAGAGGAGAUGAGGAGCCGCUGUUCCACCAGGUGCUUGUUAUCCACACGCUGGUUAGAGCUAAGGAGCUGCUGUUGAAGUGUCACCUGAGCGCUGCCGUGGAUUACCUGAGCAAGGCAGAGGAGACUUGUACGGACACGGGUCUGAUUCGGCUGCUGAGGAGGCUGCACAUCAUUUCACACCUCGGGGGCAGGAACCACGAAUCCGACGUCAAACUGCUGGAGCUGCAGAAGCUGGUGGCGGAGCGGCUGCAUGACAAAAUUCUUAUCAUCGUGUCACAUAACUGUGACCAAAGAAUGUCCACAAUCGUGCAAAGCUUGAAACAACUGACCGCUGUAUGUACAGUUCACCCCGAUAACGACAGCAGAACACUGAACGGUGCUAGAGUUGUUAAAAGUGUUCUGGGCAGCAGGUGUGUACUGGUGUAUGAGCAGCAUCUGGGUCCGGACUUCCCGUGGGACAUUUUUUCUCUGGUGGUGGAGUACGACAGCCCGGGCCCCUCUCCGUGGGCGACCGUCUGCAAGGAAAGGAGAGUGAAGCACCUCACCUUCGACACAGUCCUCCCCAGCGGAGAUGAGCAGGAGAGCGAGGAGAGCUUCGAGGACAAGGUGGCGUACGUGUUGUUGGUGACGGAAUCGCUCCUCGAUCGGCCUCUCCUGCCGCAGAUGCUGAAGUCUACAUUCAACAUAAAGCUACUCGAGAGAAGCCACUGUCCAUCCCUGCAGAUGCUGGGCGGGACCAAUUACUACUCCAUCAUCACGGUGGACGAGAGCACCGCCAUCGUCAUUCAGGAGCAGGAGGAGCUGUGUGAGGAGCGAGCCUGUGAGGCGAUUGUGAUGAGGCUCACCGCUCUGUCGUUGCAGUACAACUACUGUUGGAUCAUACUCCACGACCCGGACAGCAAAGGAGGAGGGUUCUCCAGCGAAGCCUUCAGCAACUUGGUGAUGAUCUACUCGUCAGUAGUGCUUUUCGGCAUGAAGUUGGAGGACCUGGAUGUCAAGGUGCUGAUUGCAUCAGAGGUAGCGGAAGUGGCAGGGUGGGUCAAACAGAUCUGUUUCCUCAGCCUGAUGUCCAGCGCUCGCAAUCCUGUCGACUAUCUUGAGCGAGACUGGCUGGCUGGCACGCCUUCACAGGUGAGCUCCACGUGACCUCUUCCUCAGGAGGAGCUUAUCCUGUUGCACUUUCCCUGCAUCAACCCGCUGGUGGCUCAGCUCAUGCUCAGAAGGGCGCCCUCGUUGCCAUGGCUACUGGCCGCCUCUCUGACGCAGCUGGUGGAGAUGUUGCCAGAGGUGCCACACAAGGUCCUGAAGCUGUUUAGCAACAUCACUUCCCUGUAUGAAGCUCAGCCAGCCCGGUCAGGUCCAAUCCAUUCACUUCCUCCUACUGCUCAAUCUCUUCCUCCACCACCUGAGAUGUCCAUUCCCGCUCCAGAACUAUUUCCUAGCACCAAUCCCAGCUUCCUCUUGGCCCCAGAUGACACAGAGAACAGCUUGUACUCGCAGGGAGAACCUACUUUUUUUACUCACGACCCAAAAUGGCCUGCCGGAAGACCGGAGCUUAGUGGCUUGUCAGGAGCUGAUCUCUGGAAGGGCAAAACCAGCCAGAAAGCGGUGCUAACAGGUAGCAUGGGCCAAAGCAGCGUGGCGGGAAUGAUGAUAGAGAGGGGAAGCGGCGAGUGGUCGCAACAAGGCCCGAGUUUCUUGGACACCACCUUCAGCCUCCUCAGCCCACCUUCAAAGGGCCCAUUGAGGAGAGGUGGUCCGACUGGUACAGGUUCACACACGGGAGGGAGAUCGUCAGUGAUGUAUGGGUCGAGAUGCUGGAUGGGACAAGAGAGGAAGAGAAAUGAAGAUGCGGCAGACUUGCCUCGAAUAGCGCUGACACCUCUGAAAAAAAGCCGGCUGAGCUACGAGAAGGUGCCCGGACGAACAGACGGACAGACCAGACUGAAACUCUUUUAA